UCUCGCUGCAGGACCUUGAUCGGAUAAAUAUCCUGCAGGACCAGCCGCCCCUCACACUCACACAGCACCAGCAUGACCAGCGUCUCGCACACGCUCACCUGCGUCCUCUUACUCUGCGCAUUCACCUCAGCGCAGAGGGGGGACUCCUCACUAUUCCGUGAAGCAUGUGUUCCAGACGACGAAUUCGGGAGUUACUGUCCCACCACUUGUGGUAUAGCAGAUUACCUGCAGAAAUAUAAACCCGGGGUGGUGAAGGACCUGAACGACAUGGAGGAGAUCUUACUAGAUAUCGCCAACCUCACUAAAGGAGCUCAGGAUAAAGUGGUGUUCCUGAAAGACUCCGAGACUCAGGCUCAGAAAGCCGCGCCAGAUACGUACUAUCAGAAAUCCAGGAACAUGCUGGACGACGUGCUUCGCUUUGAGAAAAGCAUUCUGUCUCAGGAGGAGCAGAUAUAUAACCUGCAGACCACCCUCGCCGCUAACGAUAAGCGCAUGCUGGAGCUGAGGCAGCUGGCUCUGCAGCUGGACCAGAAGUGCAAGGUGCCCUGCAAAGACACGGUGGAGAUCCAGACCGUUACCGGCAAAGAUUGUCAGGACGUUGCUAAUAAGGGCGGUAAGGUGAGCGGCCUGUACUACGUCCAGCCGGCCCGAGCGCCCACACCCUUCCUGGUGUACUGUGAGAUAGACUCUUUCGGACGGGGAUGGACCGUCCUGCAGAGGAGGCGAGACGGCUCCGUCCCCUUCAACAGGAAUUGGAUUGCGUAUAAAGAGGGCUUCGGCUAUCUCUCGCCCGACGACAGCACCGAGUUCUGGCUGGGUAACGAGAAGAUCCACCUGCUGUCCGUUCAGUCCAGCGUCCCGUAUGUGCUCAGACUGGAGAUGGUGGACUGGACUGGGGCUAAGAAGUAUGCCGACUACGCCAUGUUUAAAGUAGCCCCUGAGGCGGAUAAGUACCGCCUGACCUACGCCUACUAUCACGGAGGAGACGCCGGUGAUGCUUUUGAUGGGUUUGACUUCGGUGACGACCCCAGCGACAAAUUCUACACCUCCCAUAACGGCAUGCAGUUCAGUACGCCCGACCAGGACAACGACAAGUUCAACGGAAACUGUGCUAAACAGGACGGCUCAGGCUGGUGGAUGAACCGCUGCCACGCUGCUCAUCUCAACGGCAAAUACUACCAGGGUGGCCAAUACACUGCAAAGGAUGCUGGUCAGUACGGAUUCGACAACGGCAUCAUCUGGGCCACAUGGCACAGCCGCUGGUACUCCCUGAAGCAGACCACCAUGAAGAUCAUUCCCAUCAACAGGAUCAGCGCUGGGGGCCAGCAGGGCGGCCUCGAUUUCGGAAAGGGAGACCUACCAAGCCCUUAAACACACAGUCUCACACUUCUCCUCUGAGGGUUUUAACAGAAACUGUUAGCGAAUUAAUGAAAAAAAUAUCUACAGCAGUUUGACUGUCUGCAUUUAUGUUUCUGUCUAAUCUGAUGAGUUUAGUCUAAGAUAUUCCAGAACCCACGUUCCUCUAAUAGCCUGAUUCUUUACGGUCUGACGUCACCACAUCGCUACGCUAUUUCCUGUUUUCACAUCAUUCACUUUUAUAAUUGUUCAGAUCAUUCAUGUUCAUCUAAUUGUAUUCAAAUAAAUCCUUCCACCUUUUUUAAUGAAA